UGCGACACUGUAUCCUAUGAUGAUUUUCUUGGAGCCUACGAAGUCGAAGUCAGUCGAAAUGAGGCAUUGAUAAGCAUUGACGAAUGCUUUACUCAUGCUGUAUUUUCAUUCUGGUCCCCAUACGGAAGUACGACGAAAUUCAUUUCGCGACGGUUUUAUAACCGCGAUUAUUAAACCAAGCCAUCUGUAAAUAUCACUUUUCAAAUAUUCCUAAAACUAGCUAUUUCAAAAUCCUAAUAAUUCUAGGAACAGAAGAAAUCGACGACUUUGAAACUUUUCUUUCUCUGAACGAUAAUGAUUUUAUCAGAUUAAAAAUGACAACUAAAAUGAUCAAGACCAUACAAAAAAUUCAAAAGGAGCAAAAUCCCGAAGAAUGGAUCGUUGAGGAAAUCGUGGUAUCUCCGACCAAAGCCCAAACUGACAACCAUGCUGACAACAUUGAUGACGCACCGGAAAACAAAGAUCUUGGUAACCCCUAUAAAGGCAUUAAUUUGGACAACGUAAUUGACAUAGACAUCAUCUUGGCAAGAACCAACGAAGGCAUCACUAUCAUGGAGCUGUUGAAGGAAGGAUUGCGCCCGAGUGAAUCUGUUUUUAAAAAAAUUAAUGACAUUUUAUGUGAUUGCCUGAAAUCCGUGUAUGGUUGUCGACCGAAUCGUUUUUACAAGGAUCAAAUUGCACUCUCUCUCGUCCAAUCUUAUCCAAUACUUGCUGCCAAUGACGCAAAUGUUCCACAGGCAUUGUGGUUUCAUGCUCACGCACGAGGACCAAACCGUCAUGCCGGCCGCAUACAUUAUCGCAUGGAGUAUAUGGCAAGGACUUCUGGGGAACGCGUUAUUAAACGUCGUCGUACCGAAGAACCACAAACUGAUCCGCUUGCACUCGUAGGAUCGGAUGUAUCUCAUGCAAAAGAGGAGCUUCCUGUCAAUCUGGAAGAAUUAAUACUCGAGUUACAAUAUAUUGUGCCGAAUUCAGGGAGUAAGCAUCGCGUACUAGAGCUGUGGAAGGCAACUUUCCUCAAGCGGCAGGAAUCACGGGAUGCGGGUGAAUUUUUGCAGUACUUACAAACUUUUCCUGUUGCGGCAGCCUAUGAUGGAGAAUUGAUUACAUCUGACUUUUAUGCAUUGAACACUAAGGCAACCCUUUUCAUAGAAGAGUGGAACAAGUUAGAACAUAAAAUUUUAACUGUUCACAAAGUAAUGUUCAGAGAGAUAACAAAUGAUUUCGUACGUGCUCUGGCAAUCGUCAGAUUUAAAAAUCCGUCACGUGGGUCCAAACGUUCAAGAAACGAGGAGCCGGCGUUGGACAAUCCGCUGGCCGGUUUGAUAAAAUGGAUACAGCCCGAAGAAGAUUUCCCACAGGAUGCUGAAAGCGUUCCAAUACUGGUGGUUCGUGGACAAUUUCCAGACGUAUCUGAAGGAUGUGCGAUUUGUUGGGAGUCUACAGUUAUCCCUGUUGGAGAGGACUUUAAGGCGGCAUUCGGCAUCUUUUGUCAAUGUUUCUCCGUUUUUAACCGAAUUCCAAAACCUGCAGAUAAGAACUUCUUCCUCUUUAUCGAAGGAGCCGUUUUUAACACCAAUACAUUGACAACAACCGGAGCAAAAUUUCUGCACGGUUUGCAAUGAACGAAUAUUUGAAUAAAUAUAUCCGUAAGAAGAAAAAUACAACGAAUCAAAUUGUUUUCUUAAUUGAAAUGUGAAACACGUCGAAAUUAACUUACAGAUUUUACAACAAGAUUGGUAAAAAGAACCGAAGUGUCGGUAAAUUUCAUUUCCUUGUCAAUUCGAAAAUUACAG